CCUUCCUCUUUCUCUUCCGGUCCCAGGCGAUUCGGGAUCUCCCGGCUCCGCCAGGGCGGCAGCGGUAGGCCCAGCACAGCGAGCCCCCAGCCCUGAUCUGCGCUCUCGUCCUCCAGGUACAGGCAUGGCCAAGUCGAAGAACCACACCACACACAACCAGUCCCGAAAAUGGCACAGAAACGGCAUCAAAAAACCCCGAUCACAACGAUACGAAUCUCUUAAGGGGGUAGACCCCAAGUUCCUGAGGAACAUGCGCUUUGCCAAGAAGCACAACAAGAAGGGCCUGAAGAAGAUGCAGGCCAACAAUGCCAAGGCCAUGAGUGCACGUGCUGAGGCUAUCAAGGCUCUCGUAAAGCCCAAGGAGGUCAAGCCCAAGAUUCCAAAGGGCAGCAGCCGCAAGCUCAGUCGACUUGCCUACAUUGCUCACCCCAAGCUCGGGAAACGUGCUCGUGCCCGCAUUGCCAAGGGUCUCAGGCUCUGUCGGCCAAAGGCCAAGGACAAAGCUCAGACCAAGGCUGCAGCUACAGCUCCGGCUCUGGCUCCGGCUCCGGCUCCGGCUCCGGCUCCGGCUCAGUCUCCCAAAGGCACCCAGGCCCCCACAAAGGCUCCAGAGUAGAGGCUUUCAUCUAUUGAUGUGAGGAUGUAAGGACUAGUGUGACCCCUGGGUAGCUGUCUGCAUGGGGCUCAUGUCUACCUGUGCUGUUUGUACAAAUAAACCUGAGGCAGGAUCUGUCAGUCA